CGCGCUGUGGCCGCGGAGUGAUGAUGGCAGUCGGAUAGCUUCGGCUUCAGCGUGCCAAGUUCUCAUCUUCUUCUUCUUCUUCUUCUCUUUUAAAGCUUUUAUUCAUUUGGAAGGACAUUUCACUGAGGGUGUAGAGAGAGGGGGAAUGUUGCGAGUUUGAGGAGGAGCAGACGGCGACAGAGAUGCGAGCUCGGAGGGACAGCGCGCGCUGCUGGGACGCCGCGCUGAUUCUCCUCCUGUGCGCGAAGUGCGCGUGCGGUCGAGGCACCGCAGGAGACGCCGUAUCCGAUUCGUCCUCCGUCGGCGGGACGUUGCCGCACUUCCGGCAGGAGCCAGAAGACGCCUACAUCAUCAAGAGCAACCCCAUCCGGUUGCGGUGCCGUGCCACUCCCGCCCUGCAGAUCUUCUUCAAGUGCAACGGGGAAUGGGUUCACCAGAACCAGCACACGGUCCAGGAAUAUAUGGACCAGAACACGGGUCUGAAGGUGCGUGAGGUGAUGAUAAAUGUCUCUCGGCAGCAGGUGGAGGAUUUCCACGGCCCUGAGGAUUAUUGGUGCCUGUGCGUGGCCUGGAGUCACCUGGGCACGUCCAAGAGCCGUAAAGCCACCGUGCGCAUCGCCUACCUGCGUAAGAACUUUGAGCAGGACCCGCAGGGGAAGGAGGUUCCCAUCAGGGGUAUGAUUGUUCUGCACUGCCGGCCUCCAGAGGGUGUGCCUGCUGCUGAGGUGGAAUGGUUAAAGAAUGAUGAGCUGGUAAGUUCGCUGGACGACGACAACAUCGACACCCGCGCUGACCACAACCUGAUCAUUAACGAAGCGCGACUCUCCGACUCGGGCAAUUACACCUGCCUGGCCAGCAACAUCGUCGCCAAGAGACGCAGUGCUACAGCUACCGUGGUCGUCUUUGUGAACGGAGGCUGGUCUCUGUGGACGGAGUGGUCCCAGUGCAGCGUGGAUUGUGGGAGAGGAGUACAGAAGCGAUCUCGGACCUGCACUAACCCGGCUCCGCUGAACGGAGGAGCCUUCUGCGAGGGCAUGUCUGUACAGAAGAGCACCUGUAAUGCGCUCUGUCCCGUGGAUGGAGGAUGGGACGAGUGGAGCGAGUGGACGGAGUGCAGCGCCCAGUGUGAGAGGCAGAGAUGGAGGGAGUGUACCGCUCCGGCUCCUCGCAACCGCGGAAAAACAUGCGAGGGCAAAGGUCAUGACGUGGAUAACUGCACCGGUGACCUGUGCAGUCAAGAUGGGAAGAUGCUGCAUGAUGUUGAGCCUCAGAGUAUGGAUGGUUCCAAUGAGGUGGCGCUGUACUCAGGAUUGGCGGCAGGAGCCAUUGCCGUAACUGUCCUGAUCAUCUCAGUGACGCUGUACCGCCGGAGCCAGAGCGAAUACGGAGUAGAUGUGAUCGACUCGUCUGCCCUCGCUGGCGGAUUCCAGUCCUUUAACUUCAAAUCCACCAGACAAGGUAAUCCUCUCCUUCUGAACUCAUCCACCCGGCCUGAGCAGACCUACAGCUUCCGGGACUCUGUGGGGAAAGAGCUGUUUGACCCGCUGCCGGAUGCCACGGCCAAGGUCCAGGGCUCCUUCACGGCCGAGUACCACGGCAAGACGUACCCCGAGGGCUUGGCGACACCCGUGCACACCAACAACGGACCCUACAACUCCUCCAGGAAUCAUCUGAGGAGCAGUGGCAUGUUUGGACACCAAGGAGGACGACUGGUCAUGCCAAAUUCAGGAGUCAGUCUGCUGGUGUCCCAUGGGGCGAUCGCCGAGGACACGUCCUGGGAAAUGUACAUGCUCAUCGAUCAAGGAGAGUCCAGCGCAACAUCAUUAGAGAGAUGUGAAAUCCUGCUGGGGCCAGAGGUCACAUACGGCCCCCCAGGCCUCAGCCUGACCUCCCCUGUUGCCAUGACGAUAGCCCACUGUGCCGAGGUCAUCGGCGAGAACUGGAGCGUCCGCCUGAAGAAGAAAACGAAGGACGAUGAGUGGGAGGAAGUGAUGUCGGCAGAGGACGAGUCGACUUCCUGCUACUGCCUGCUGGACUCUGGAAGGUGCCACCUGCUACUGAGUGAGCCGGGUUCGUACGCCCUGGUAGGGGAUCCGCUGACCGACGGCGCCACCAAGAGGCUAAAGGUUGCAGUGUUCGGUAGCUCACACUCAUCUCUAAGCUACAGUCUAAGAGUGUACUGCGUUGAUGACACGCCUCAUGCCUUUCAGGGAGUGGUGACUGCAGAGAGCAACAGACAUGGCUUGCUCCUGGAGGAACCCAAGACUCUUCUGUUUAAAGGGAACACCAACAGUCUACAGGUCUCCAUCCAGGAUCUGCCCCAGUUCCCAUGGAGCAUCAAACCCUUUAGCACCUGUCAGGAGUUCUCCUUCUCACAGGUAUGGAACAGUAACCAGCAGCCUCUGCACUGUGCCUUCUCUCUGGAGCGCUUCAACGUUGGCACCACGCAGCUUUCCUGCAAGAUCAGCGUGCGCCAGGUCAAAGGUCACGAGCAGAUUCUGCAGGUCUACACCUGCGUGGAGGAGAAGGAAAAGGAGAUGCUCCCAUUUUUUAUGCAGACCGACUGCACGGUCACCUCCCAGACAGGCGCCAAAGCCUUCAAAAUCCCUCCGUCCAUUCGGCAGCGCAUCUGCGCCACCUUCGACACUGCCAACACCAAGGGCAAGGACUGGCAGCUCCUCGCUCAGAAACUCCACAUUCAGAGGAACCUGACGUAUUUCUCUAAGCAGCGCAGCCCGUCCGGGGUCAUCCUCAGCCUGUGGGAGGCUCGGCACCAGGCCUCCGGAGACCUGGACUCGCUGGCCAGCGCCCUCGAGGAGAUCAGCAAGAUCCACUCGAAAAGCUCGGCCCAGAGCCCGUGCGAGACGCAGACGGACUACAACCAGUGACGGAGAGACGCCAGCACCAUCCGUCUGUAAACUCCUGACGUGAACGCUCACGUCCGGCUCCAGAGAGACGUGAACACGAGGAGCACGUAAAGACAGAGUAAAAGGACGCACUGCACUUCUUCGAAAAAAAAAAAAGGAAGAUGAGAGCACUUGAAGAAAGUUCUGCCUGAGCUGUACCUCAGUUACGAGGGUCAGCUCGGGUCAUAAACCUUCUUAACCGUUUCCUUUUUUCCUCUCAAGCUUCGCCACUGGCUCACAGGCAGCAUGGACCUUUAACGCUUCAGUGUGCUACUACUUACUUUUUCUCGUGGUUUGGUUGCACUAUAAAGCAUUGUAGAGGUCAGUCGUGUGGCGUGUUUCAAAAGAAGCGACGCGGUUUCCCUCCCUUCCUGAGUGAGGAAAUAUUUCUACGCACACUGUGUACUGCGACGUUUUGUGUUGCUGAUAGGAAGCCGUUGUAAAAGCUGCGACUGGGACGCAGACGAAUAAAAAUAUGUGCUUUUCUUUUUAAUGUUGUUUUUAAGGUGCCAGGGCAAGGGAGGGGUGUGUGUUCGUGUGUGUGUGUGUGUGUGUGUGUGUGUGUGUGUGUGUGUGUGUGGGUAUUAUGGUGAGCGUAAGCAUGGAUCUCGGGUAGAACAUCAACACAACCACUCCAGUGUGUUUCUCUUAGAUAACAGCAGCAGUUAGUGCGGUCGCCUUUGCACGGAGGACGUUGCUCUGGCGAGACAGAUAGAGUCAGAUAAUUGUCACCAGCCCAACAUCAGCUUAAAAAAAAACCCCUCAAUCUGACACACGCCUCAUUUCCUGCAACCGAUACAGAGCGCUGGAGGAGGUUAAGCCUCUUAUAGUAUGGCACUGGGUUUAGUAAGAACUGCUUUUAGAACAAGAUUAACAUACUAUUGUUUAACAUAUAUAUAUAUAUUUUUUUUUUCUUUAUCUGACACAUUUCACGAAGAGUUUUAUGUAUAAAUGAUAUUAUGAAUACUAGUCUCUUGUUUUGGAUGACAGAAACAGAACCGAUACUCUCUACAUACAAGCGACUGAUAAACAUCUCUCGCCGACCAACGACCAACAUCCUAAAAAUGAAUAAAGGAACGAUGUGCAGGAAACUGCCCCGUUGUUUCUUAUCAAAUGUGACAAUUAUUUUUUUAACGAGAUCAAAUAGAAUUAUACUGGUCUGCUCUUUUGUUAGAUGAGCUCCUCCUGCUGCUGUCGAAAAAUCCAGCCACAUGACAAUAAAUAUAUGCAUAACUGCAGGAUUUUUUUUCCUGGCAAAUAUGUUUCCGCUUGAUUUUUUUUUUUUUCAUAAGAUUUUAAUGUAUUGACAAACUGUUUAUCCAAAUAAAGUUGAA